UUUUCGAUGCAUCGACGUUUUUUCGACAUCCCUACUUCACCUCUAAUUCCUACAAGUAACUGCAAUGUAUUCAGUGAAAUUGGUACUGUAUUUGCUUUUAGAUUUAAUUUGCAGUGGUUGUGCUUUCAGGCCACUAGUAAUAAUGCAUGGCAUUUUAUCAGGAGCUGAAAAAAUGGUGUUUUUGGUACAGGAAAUCGAAAAGAUCGAAGACAUCAUGGCAGCACGGAAGGCAUGCCCCCUGGCUCCAACGGCAGAUACAGACAACUGCCUACAAUGCCGGCUCUGCCACCGGUACCACGCAUUGUGGACGUGCCCGGCCUUCAAGGCGAUGAAGCCGCCGCAACGGUUGGGAGUAGCCCGCGCGCAGGGCUACUGCGUCAACUGCCUUGCGCUCACCCACACUACCGGGGAAUGCGACUCGCCGGGUAGUUGCAAGACCUGCGGGCUAGCGCACCAUGUAGCAGCCAACACCCAUCGCGCACGGGGCCAAGGGAACAGGGUCCAAGAAGAGGAAACCGGCCACAAAGGCCCCAAGGAGCGUCAAGCGGCGCGCACCGCCGAAGAAAAAGGCGCUGAAGAAGGCGCAGAAGAACCCGCGCAACCAUGCGCCGCAACCGCCGCGCAAGAAGACCGCCCAACGGACGAUCGCGCGCACUCCCCAAGGCCUACAAACGGCCAAUUUCCAGGGCCGCACCACCCACCGCGUCCUUGGCAACACGAUCCGCGCCCUGAAAGAGCUGCAGGAGACGCUCAGCAACGCAUUCCUGCAGGGCCGCCGCUUAAACUUAAUACAUGAACACGAAAGUGAACUGAGUUCUACAUUGGUGACCCCGCAUGUGCAGUGUUGCGCAAUAAAUCAUCUAACCUAACUUUGCAAUUAGCACGGACGAGAAGUCGAGCCAUUCGCUUGAACCAAACAUCGCUGUGGCUGAUGUGAACGCCGUAUCUAGUCCUCGGAUUUUUAUUCCAACAAUGAGGAAAAGAGAAAUAGAAGCUUUCUUUUACUCCUCGGACUUUUGGUUCGACACUUCAGGUUCUCAGCAGAUAUCCGCAAAUAUGCAACCGUCCUAGCCAGUGUACCACCGACCAAGCUCAUCAGCUUUCGUCCCGUGAUUGAGACUGCACCUGCUGUAAACAGAUACGAGUACAUUAAAACCAAAUUCAUCCAACGAUUCAGUAAGAGUCAACCCAGGCGCUUGCAAAGAGUGCUUCCGGAGAUGCCGUUGGCUGAUAAAGGGCCCAGCGGGCUUUUUUCUGGCAUGCAAAGAGUAGCAGGAUCAUCGUGGAGUGACAGCGCGCUGAUGGAUUUGUGGGUAUACCGCCUUCCGUCUGUAACAAGCAUUUUCUCAAAGGAACUAACAUCGAUCAUCGAGGGCUCAGUCAGCGACAUACACUUAAUAGCAACGCUCCGCAGGUGGUGUUUCAGAGAGAGGCGGCGUUUGUUAAUUGCAUCGGCUACUUAAGAGCAAAAUUGUGAGCAUCUGCGUCAAGUGUUUCACCAACUUAAAGAGAACAACUUGUGUAUUAACCGUAACUAGAAUUCUUAGGUCACUUCAUUUCGGAGAACGGUAUUCACACUCUCAGUAAACGCGUAGAAGUAAUUCUCGACUACCCGAAGCCAAGAACUGAGCAAGAGAUGAAGCGAUAUUAGGCAAUGCUGAACUUUUGCCGGCGAUUUUCUUAAAGACGCGAAUGCGAUUCAAGAAAAGCUGUUCAUAUGGCUAAAUCCAAUAAAAGAAACGACCGAACACAACUAGUAAAUAGUUUAGGUUUAUUGUGGGCACCUGCCGAAGUAUGCGGUCCAAACUCCACAGAGCCCGUUAAGCUCUCGGAUUAAUUCAUGCCUUAAUUAUUGCCCUGAAAUGCUAGCAUUUCAGUACCAAAGGCGGUGUGGGGCGGACACACCUUUUUGGUAAAGCGGAAACCUACCUAAAAUCUCUGCCGUUCAUUGGCUCCAGGCACCCGGUUGCAAUGCAACUCCACAUCGAACCCUUGGGAGUUCUCCCGCAUUUGAAUAUUAAAUAACAGCCCCCCCGAUACUACCCGAAGGGACCGUACCUCAUUGCGAACACCACUAGUAUGGAACGUGGCAGCAGAGCGUUAUUUUGAACAGAGUAAGCAACAGAUGGCAAACUAUUCUCUGCUUUCACACCCAUUGCUGAACGCCGAGUUAUCACUCUGUGUCGAUGCGUCAAGCUUUGCGACAGUGCUCAACCAAAUUGUGCUCAACCAAAUUGUUAACAACGAAGUACAGCCACUUGGAUUUUUUCGAACAAAUUUUCGACAUCUGAAUCAAGGUAUAGAGCACUUACGACAGUGAAAACUUUCCGCUACAUGCUUGAAGGCAGACUGUGCCACACCUACACUGACCACAAGCCUCUGAUUUUCGCUGCCCACCGAAACAAACAUUCCAUAGCGUAGGUAAGUAAAGUAAAGUUAAACCCGUUUUCUCUGCCUUCCAGCUCUCAGUCAUUAAUUUGCGACUAUUCGUCUGAUCGCAUUCGCACAGCGUCAAACCAUUGCAGUCCUAAACAUUGACAUAGUUGGGCCGUUUCCACCAUCAGAAGGCUAUCGAUACUGUCUAACACUAGUUGACCGCUGGCCGGAAGCAAUUUCCAUAGUCGAUAUUACGAUUGGGGAUAAGCAAGUUGCGGUUGAGUACGGACGUGUACGAAAAACACACUAAACCAUUAUUCGAGUUUUGUGUCGUCGCGAACUGCACUCAUUAGUAUAAAAAAUCAAAGCGUGAUCGCGAAAAGUACCAAAAUAAAUAAUAAGACAUUGUGUGUAUCAAAUUAAAUAAAUUACAUACAAAAUAAGAACGGUAGUUAAGUGAGGGAUGAGUGGCCAGGGCGCUCCCCAAAGGCACUCAAUCCAAAGCGCAAGCAUAUUUGACAAUUACUGCAUGUAGCCCAAAAAGCAAAACCUUCAACAACAACGCUAAAGAAAACUCUUAUACUGCUAACACCCCAUCACAAACGCCAGAUGCAGUCAAGCAAAGAGCACCACCUUCCUCUCCAGCAGUGAUCACUGCGGAAAACAACGUAGCUGCCGCUACUUAUACUUCGACGGCAACAAACAAAGAAGAAAAUAAAGCAAAACAUGCUACUGUUCAGACUGGGCUAAAUCGCUACACUCUAAUAAGCGGACACCCGAAAAAAUGAAAAACAAAGCCCAAAAAAUAAAAUUUUAAAAGUAGUCACUUCAGGUAUACCUACAUCGGCGGAGAAUUUUCGUUUUAGUAUUCUCGCUGAUAUGAAUAAUGAUUCUAACCAACAGGUAGUUGAAAAAUACAAGCCUUCACCUAUUUAUCUACGAGAACAAAGCUCUAAUGCUCUGGUAGAUACUGUCCUAACACUACUAGUGAAAAAUAAGGGUAUUAUAACUUUGUUCACAUAACGGUUGUUUGUAACAGGCAAAACGAAUCGAGAUAG